GACGCAGCCAUUCCAGUCUUUUGCAAGGAAAGCAUUACCUUGCAAUGGCAAGCAAUACUAGGCCAAAUAGAAACUCUACACCACCAAGGAGAUCCUUUGGCGUGGUUAAUUCACCUCUUGAUGGAUCCACCACAAGUCCUGGGCCUGCUUUAGCCAAUGAGCCUCCGGGACGUAGGUUUUUGGGGCGUCUUUCUUCAAGCUACAGUCAGCGUAGGGCGAGUGCUACAAGGACAGAUGAGGAGGCCGCUGUAAAAUCAUCCAUGGAGCGUCCACCCAUACCCAACGCUCUUCAAGCUGGGGAGCCAUACUCAACUCCAUUACCCGUGCUAUCUAUGAUAGUCCUCUCUAUCGCCAUGCUCGGAGAGUUUUUAUCAGCUAAUGUUUCCACGCCUUUCAUGCUCUUUAUGGUCAAAGGUUUUGGCGAGUUUCAUGAUGAAGCAGACAUUGCAUUUUGGACUGGAAUAUUGGUCGCCACUUUCUUCUUGACACAGUUCCUAACCUCCUUGCUAUGGGCUACUGUCGCGGAUAAACAUGGUCAACGGUCGGUGUUAGUAGUAUCUCUCUUAGGAAGUGCAGUUACAUGCGCCAUGUUUGGUACAUCGACAACGCUUCGUCAAGCUAUAGCAAUCAGACUUCUCCAAGGUAUCUUUGCUGGAGCUGUUGGCGUCGCACGAGGAUGCGUUACUGUUGUUACUGAUACCACUAAUGAAGGAAGGGCUUACGCUAUAAUGGGCUUUUGCUGGGGCUUUGGAGGUGUCGCUGGUGCUAUCAUUGGGGGAUCACUUGAGUCCCCAGCAGAAAAAUGGCCAGACAUUUUCCGCGGAGUACCAUUAUUGGUCAAGUUCCCUUACUUAUUGCCUUGUUUAAUUGCCUCCUCUAUCACUUUAUUCGGAUCCGUCCUUGCGUGCUUUCUUGGCCGCGAUGGUGGUCCGCGGGAAGGUGCAAUCCGUUUACCCCAUGAGAAACCUGACGAACAGCAUCCUACUAUACCAGAAGAAGAUGUGCUUUCCCCUGCUUUAGUCGCGGAGGAUCAGGACAAGAGCUUUGUUGGUUCCUUGAGGAAGAAGGUAUCUCAGAGAUUUUCAGGUUACUUCGCAUCACGCGUAUACGAUGCCCACGGUGUGCCUGUUCCUUCUCCGUCCCGUGGACAGGCUGUGCCGUUAUCAUCGCCGCGGCCUGACAGACAGCGUGCAUUUUCACGUACGAGCAGGGCGAAUGGAUCGGCAUAUGGGUAUAGUGGCAGCUAUAGGAAUAGGCUGGCUAGUACGGCAUCCGUCGCGACGAGAAGAGGUAGUUUGGCCAGUACGUUAAGGCGACGAAGAGGUAGCGCAUUCGAUGGUCCUCGUUCAUUCACAGAUGCAGGCGACCUCAACUUUGCACAGAGGUUGUUAAUGGCGAACGAAAACGCUGUGACAAACAUUGCCGAUUUGUGGGUUGCAGCUGCUAUGAAUGUGGAUAACGAAGAUCCUUUCGAGUCUGAUAACGAGAUGGAUUCUGAUAUCGACUCGAUUUAUUCUCGUGAGGGACAGCAAGAGGAUGAUGGUGAUGAUGAUGAUGAGGACGACAACGGAGUUGUCCCGAAUUCUAUCUUGUCGACACCCUCUCGCCCGUCUCGCUCUGUGACGCAGAACUUGGGAUCUCCGCCCGCACGGAGCCAGCGGGCAUCAUCAAUCACGUUUGCCCCCGAUCACAUCUCUCCUCGUCACCCUUCUAGCUCUCGACCACGACUUUCAAUUCCCUCUGGCAACUUCGGAUCUCCAAGUCCUGCUGCUAUGGAAAUCCAUCCACGACGUCCUUCUUCUACUGUACCUGCCAUCUUUGCUCACUCGGGUGUUCGUACACCCUCUGCCGUUCUCGAUGCUCAGUCACGUAUAGAGGAGCCCUCGACGGAUGCAUUGACGCCUAUUUUAGAGAGACGACGUUCUUCUAUUCUACCGCAGUCUACUCCAGAACAGCCCACAGAGGAGAAGCCUCCUUCAUUGACCUCGCAGUUGCCGAUUCUUAUUAUUAUCCAGUAUGCGCUGUUGGCUUUGCAUAGCACCACCCAUGAUCAAGUAUUCCUGUCGUAUCUAGUCUCUGACUACGAAUCUGGUGGGCUAAAUUUGAACGCGGGCCAUUUUGCUCAGCUUAUUGCCUUGAUGUGUCUUGCGCAGAUUAUUUACCAAUUUUAUUUAUAUCCGAAUAUUGGCCCUCCCAGAGGUCGAUUUUCUCAUCUGUCCAUGUUCCGUCUGGGAUCCCUGCUCUUUAUCCCAGCAUAUCUUACGGUGAUAUUGUAUCGAGUGUUCGCUAGCCCAACAGAUGAUGGCAACUUUAUUCUCAUGACAGCUUUGGCAUUGAGCACGGCCGUGCGUUACUGUGGCAAUACCUUUGGGUACACAUCCGUUGCCAUUCUCCUCAACUACAUGACUCCACCCCAUGCCGUCGGAUUUGCUAAUGGUAUCGCACAGAGCAUUGUUAGUUUCGCACGGUGCCUCGGGCCAGUGUUGGGCGGCUAUUUAUGGUCAGUCAGCACACAAGACAACCCGUCCGGUUAUCCACUUGGAUUUUUAGUGUGCGCCGGUGUUUGCGCUCUAGCAGUCGCACAAAGUUUCUUUAUUCGUUAAUGCCCUCGUUCCGUUCGUGACGUACAUCCGGUGCAAUACCAUAUUGAUAGACACGCAACCGAUGUUCCAUGUAUUUGUAUAUACUAGCCCUAUAUCUUUUCAUGACGACGAAUCACAUAAUGGAGUGUUCACAUCUUGGAAA